UCAAAGUUGAAGGUAGAGGAGAGCGCCCUACGUCAUACAAAUGGCGGAUGGUGUAAACAGAGCAGCGAAACACAAGCUGUACAUGUUUUCUAAAGAUGAAUAACGUGGACUGCGAGCGUUUAGACAGUUUAGAUGGUUGGGUGGCUAUAAAAAGUAAUAUAUUUGAAGAAAACGAAAUAUUUAAGCUUGGAUUUAUAGUAGAAUGGAAUGCUAUCGAGUCUAAAUUUGCUGUCACCUGUCACAACAGAACUCUUCAGCGACAGAAACGGAAAGAUGAGAUCGCAGUUAGCGACAACCAAACGAGCUGGGCUGGAUUGUUCUCUGUCAACGAUUUAAAAAACGUUCAUCGUCAGUUUACAGGUGUCAGUGAUGUUCUGGCAACAAUUUUUCCAGACUUGUCAGACUUUGAUGAUGGUAACAUUUGGGACUUAUUUCUGAACCGUGUAUCCACUCCCGAGGACGAAAGGGACCUUGAUACACCUUGUCGCCAACUUGAGAAAUACUUCAGCCAUGCGAUUGAUAUAUGUGGGCGAAAGAUUGUCCUUGACUCACUAUUCUCCCAAGAUGAGCGAGAUGUUGAGGAGUACUUUGAAAACCUUCAGGAAUUCAAGAAGAAAACGAUGCAGGAAGAGGUGACCAGAGCCAAAGAUCUCCUGCGAACGUUGCAUCAGAGCCACAGCACUGCUGACAGGAUGGUUCUGCUGCUGCACAUCUAUGACCAGGAGGACCAGGCUUACCAGGACCUAGUCACCGUGGCGACACACUUCUUCCAGUACCUGCUGCAGCCCUUCAGAGACAUGCGGGAGCUGGCUUGCCUGUACAAGAUGGAGAUCCUGAAGUCUCUGGAGUAUGAGGAGCUGGGCCCCAAGAGAAUCCAAGCUCUGGAGAGAGAGGCGGAGGAGUGGAGGAGGAGAGCAGAGGAUGCGGUGUCUUCCAUACAGGACAUCACUGUCAGCUACUUCAAAAAGACAUCAAAGGCUCUGGCCGGCAUGCUGAAGCAGAUGGAGGGGGAUGAGUGUCGCUUUGGCCCUGCCGCAUGGGCGUCCGCUGCUCCCAGGAUGGAGAAGCUGCACUUCCUCCUGGCCAAAGAGACUCUGCAGCAAAUGAGGGCCCAGGAGAUGUGCCUGAACCGCAGGAAGGCCAGCAUCAGAGGGCAGAUGAGGUCUCUCUCUCAGGAGGGAUGUGGACCUGGCCAGCAGGAAGCUGUGGACCAGCUGGAGUUGCAGUACUACGAGGCCCAGCUGGAGCUGUACGACACCAAGUUCAACGUCCUGAGGAACGAGGAGCUUCUCCUGGUGGCCCAGAUAGGCACCGUGCGCCGGCAGAUGAAAGAGCUGAAGGAGGAGGUGGUGUACUACGAUGUGUGUGAGGACCCAGAGGAGCUCCAGAGCCUGGUUCAGACAGGUGUCUCCCCUGACCCCGCCCCACCUGUCAGUCACCUGAGACGUCGUCUCCAGGCCCUGGAGUCCAAGAGAGGAAGCAUCGGUGCCCGCAGGGCCUAUCUCCGCAACAAGAGGGAUCAGUGUGUGGAGGCCAACGAGCAGAAGCAUAGAGCCUCCCAGGAGAGCGGCACCUCCUUCAUCCAACACCACGGAGUCCACCUGAAACGAGAGAAGAGAAAAGAAGAAGACCAGAGGAGAAAGGAGUGGGUGGACGAGGAGAGAGAGAAGACGCUGAGUAGAUUACGCUCCUUUAGAGAGAAGCGUCCGGGACAGUAUGUGGUGAAGACUCCUCGAUCCAAAAUGGCUGCACGUGAAUCACCGUGUUCUGAUUCCUCCCAGCCACUGUCAAUCAUUAACCUUAGCCCCGCCCCCUCGGCUGGAUCCCCCGCCCCUGCCCCCGCCCCCAGGAAACCCCCCAAGAAAAAACAGAGCGCAGCCAAACCCAGGGACAUCCCGGUGAUCAUCUACGCCCCUCCACCUCCUGCCCCGCAACCCUCCCAGACCUCCCCCCCGCCCCCUCCUCCUCCUCCUCCCCCGCCCUUGCCCCCUCCUCCUCCACCCCUCCCUGCCCUCACACCCUCCCACUCCCAGGCAGGGGACACACCCAAGCCCCUGAGCGAGAAAGAGGCGGCUCCCUUCCCUGCCAAGAACACUCUCAAACAAAACACAGGGUCUAUGGACGAGGUGCUGGCCUCGUUACAGAGAGGGCAAGUUCGGCUACGCCGGGUCCAACCCCCAGCUCCUCUUGCCCCCGGCGAGGCCCCCUCCGCCCCGGACGCCAUGACCAGCAUCAUGUGUGCCAUCAGGCAGGGGGUCACCCUGAAGAAGGUGUGCGUGGCCCCGCCCGAGUGCAGAGACUCGGAGCUGGAGAAGAGCAUCAAGGCGGCCAUGCUGAGGAUGAAGAGGGUGUCGGCAGACUCGGAGGAGGAUGAAGACGGAGACAGAGAGGGAGGAGGAGAGUCUGCAGAGUGGGAUACCUGAGGAGACCACACACACACUGUCACACACACACACUGUCACACACACACACUGUCACACACACACACUGUCACACACACACACUGUCACACACACACACUGUCACACACAAACACACACACUGUCACACACUCACUCACUGUCACACACACACACACACUGUCACACACUCACACACACUCACUGUCACACACACACACACACACACACUGUCACACACACACUCACUGUCACACACACACACACACACUGUCACACACUCACUCACUGUCACACACUCACUCACUGUCACACACACACACACACACUGUCACACACUCACACACACUCACUGUCACACACACACACACUGUCACACACACACACACACACACACACACACUGUCACACACUCACACACACUCACUGUCACACACACACACACACACACACACUGUCACACACUCUCUCACACACACUGUCACACACACAUUGUCCACACACACACACACACACACACUGUCACACACACUGUCACACACACACCCUCUCUCUCACACACACACACUGUCACACACACACACACACACACACACACACACACUGUCACACACACUGUCACACACACACACUGUCACACACACACACACUGUCACACACACACACACACACACACACACACUGUCACACACACACUGUCACACACACACACUGUCACACACACACACACUCACCCUCUCACACAUUAGAAACCUGUUUAUAAUCAAUAAUUAUGAUCAGUGAUCUGUUCUUCAAUUGUGCAGGUUGACGCUUGAUAGCUUGACUGUUGAUAGCUUCAUAAUGAAUCAGAUACGAACAUGUAGGCAGUGUCCCUGAGGUCUGUUAAAGUGGCGCCAUCAGUUGCCUGCUGUCGGCCCACUAACCUGACAACUUGAAUCCAAAGUAUUUUUUUCUUUCGAGUGUUCCAAGGGAAGUUGCACGAUGAAUUGAUGAAUGACCGUAUCUGUUUUUCUUCUACACUACGUAGUCUCUAAUAAUGUCCUCAUGUCUAUGAAUUCAGAAUGGGACUGUCCUGGACAUGUCUCAGUAGCUGAACACUGAGCUGUGUUCAAUGCAUCCUGUAUAAUGUUCUUGUUUUCACAGCGCUGGCUUCUCGCUUUUAACGUGCUGGUCAGCUAAUCUUGACCCGACAGCUGUCUGUGAGAGGAGGUCAGACACAGGUCCACAUCCUAGAUGUCCUGACUUCCUCCUGUAUGUCAGGGGUGAUGGUUCAGUCACUCCACUGUUGGGGAGGCAUCAGGCAGCUCGCUGUCCCUCUGUUUACAUCAGAAUGAUGCACCACACUGGGUAGAUCUGCCAGGGGACUGACAAGCUUAUACUGUAGAGCACUGAUUUUUAUUACUUGUAUCUCUACUUGUAUUUUUUUGUAGCAGUUUGUCAAUGCUCAGUAUCAUUAUCUACUUUAAAAGAUACACAUUUUCAACCAAGAACAUGUUGAAGUGCCUUGGGGAUAAAGUAAUUCAUUGUGAGAAUCUAAAACCCCAAUAAAAAGUUACUAAAGGUAAA